CUGCUCCGAGGCUAGUGAUUGGAGGAAACCCCGUGGAUCAGAGCGAGACAGACUGAGUGAGAAUCAGCUGUAGUCAGACCGAGAUCUCUGUAUAUUUGAGCCACUCAGAACUGAGAAGCCAUGGAUAAGAGUGAGCUGGUGCAGAAGGCUAAGCUGGCCGAGCAGGGUGAGCGGUACGAUGACAUGGCAGCCUCCAUGAAGCUGGUGACGGAGCAAGGUGUGGAGCUGUCCAACGAGGAGCGCAACCUGCUGUCUGUGGCCUACAAGAACGUGGUGGGAGCACGCCGCUCCUCAUGGAGGGUCAUCUCCAGCAUUGAGCAAAAGACAGAGGGCAGCGACAAGAAGCAGAAGAUGGCCAAAGAGUACAGGGAAAAGAUUGAGGCAGAGCUCAGGGACAUCUGCAAAGAUGUGCUGGGUUUGUUGGACAAGUUUCUGAUUGCAAACGCCUCUCAAGCAGAAAGCAAAGUCUUCUACUUGAAAAUGAAAGGAGAUUACUUUCGCUACUUAGCUGAGGUGGCUGCUGGGGAAGACAAAAAAGCCACAAUAGAGAACUCACAACAGGCCUACCAAGAGGCUUUUGAAAUCAGCAAGAAAGAGAUGCAGCCUACACAUCCGAUCCGUCUUGGCUUGGCCCUCAACUUCUCUGUGUUCUACUAUGAGAUCCUCAACUCGCCUGAGCAAGCCUGCGCACUCGCAAAAAGUGCAUUUGAUGAAGCAAUUGCUGAGCUUGAUACUUUGAAUGAAGAUUCGUACAAAGACAGCACAUUAAUAAUGCAGCUACUCAGAGACAAUUUGACACUGUGGACAUCGGACAACCAGGGAGAUGGUGAUGAUGCUGAAGAUGGAAAAGAAAACUAAAACUGUAGUCUCCCUGCUUCUGUUUGCCUAAAUUCCCAGUUCUUCAACAUCAAGACUAUCAUCCAUCUGUCCCGCCAACUAGUCUCUGUUUAGUUCUUUCACAAGCAUUUGUCACUACUUUCUUUUUUGGGAGGGUGAGGGUUGUUGGGCUUAAGGGUGUAUGUUUCCCAUGUAGUUUUUGUGUUGGGGCGAGAAUGAAAAUCUAGGGGAGGGGGGUGGUUAUGUUAACAAAAAAGGUGACCUGUUUAGUCAAAGGGUGUGACAUUUUUCUGUAUACACAUUUUAAAUGUUUGGCAUAGUUCUUACACACUGUUGUGGUUUGCCACAAAGCCGACACAGAAAAACAAAUGUCCCGUGUCCAGGUGUUGUCUGCCUAUGAUCCAGUCUAUAAAUUGGAAAUAACAGGGGAGCAAAAACCAAAAUGCCAUUGAGCAUGUUAACUUGGGGAUGGGCAGAAGAGGUUAACAUUCCAUUAGCUGUCACCUGCUCUAGUUCAUUUUCAUUUUGGGGGAUCCACAAGUCAUUUUUUUUUAUUUCUAUGUAAAGAAUUUACGAGGUAUAGAAAACCUAAGAACAAAGCAAGCAACGAAAUAAUGCUUGAUACUGUAAUCUUAAUAUUGUAUAUCGAGCAGAGCACUAAAUUUCCCAUAUGCUUAUCUAGUUACUACCUUUGUUUUUUAUUUUAGGGUAUUUUUUUUUUGUUUGUUUUGUUAUUUUGAUACUUGCCUAAAAUGCAUGUGGCUGUGAAAGUUAAUAGGGAAGCAAGUGGAGAUUAUUGCUGUCAGGCUGGCUAGCUAUGUUUCAUGUCUUCUAGAGUUUUCAUACAGAGCACCCAAGCAUAAUCGUUAUUUGGAGAAAAAAAAAAAAGUAAUUUCAUGCAAGUGGAAUAAAAACGUUUUAAAAUCUAA